AUGGCAACCGAUCCAACAUCUUCUCAAGGUGGAAUAGCACCACCAUUACCUUCGGCACCAGUUGUUAUAGAGCCGUCUGUUUGCCAAAUUUGUAUGAAAACAAUGGAAGAAGGUCAAGAAUGUUUGAUUCUAAAUCUUUGUAGCCACGUUUUUCAUGGUUUAUGUAUAGAAACCCAUUUAGCAACCUCAUCCGAAUGCCCCACAUGUAAACGUAAUUGCCAAUUAUCAGAGCUGAGAAAACUUGUAAUACAACCAAAAGGUACAUUAGCAAGGUCUACUGGUACAAAACCGAGAGGUGCACUAGCACGUCAUUAUCAGACUAGAAGUGUCAGUAGAAAUUUAACGCAAGACAAUGUUGAAUCUAAUCCUAAUGCUUAUAAUGUUGAUGAACCGGUAAGAGCUCCAGAAACCAAUACUCCUAAUGUUUCAAUUGAAAAUGUAAUAACACAAAAUGAUAAUCAGGCAAGUGUUAGUAAUAAUGGGAUAGAUUAUCAGGAAAUCAAUCGACUUAUUGAACAAAACCUAACAAGACUUUUAUCCAAUAUGAAUUUCGUUCCAAAUACCAAUCCAGAAUUACCAUAA